AUGGCGGAGGAGCUCCACCGGCGCCCACCCCCGUCCCUCCACAACCUGCGCCUCAGCCGCAACAACACCAAGGAGGAGGGGGCGGUGGCCGUGGCCGUGGCCGUGGUGGUGGCAACAACGGCGGCCCCGGCAUCGUCGGUCCGCGCCCCGGUCCCCGGCACCAUCGGCCCCCGCCCGCCGACGCACCAGGCCUUCAUGGCCGCGCCACCGCAGGCUCCCGCCGGCCUGCCCUAUGCUCCCGCCGGCCUGCCCUACGGCGGCAUGAUGCCGCCGGCCCCGACUGCCCACUGGGACCCCGCGCUGUACACCGCCCUUCAGCACGCCCCCUCGCCGGGCGCCUACUCUGGCGGUGGCGACUGGUUCAUGGACACCGGAGCCUCCGCACACAUGGCUGCUCACCCGGGACGCCCGUACCCGGAUGGUUUUGCACCGCUGUGA